UGUGACGUCACGUUAACAUUAAAAUUGGGGGUGGAAGCAAAACAUUACAAGACGAAAGACAGAGGCAGGACGAUUUCUCUUUAAUUGAUAAGACGCAAUCUCCUAUCCGGUCGAGGUCAAAUCUCCUCUCUGUUGUGACUGGGAGUUUUCAAGACGGUGAUAAUGCAGCUGUCAUGUUGUGAACAUCAGUUGGUGUGACUCCGUCCCGAGAGGAUGACCAUGAUGUCUGCCGUCAUCCCUCCUGGCUCUCUACCCUCGAACAAUGCCCUGCUGGAGCAGCAAAAGGAGGAGGAGCGCCAGAAGCUGCUGACCUCGCUGCUAAACGCGGUUAAAGCAUGCCAAACAAGAUUUGGUGGGCGUUCGCAGCUGGCCACCGAGAGCGAGUCAUGCGUGGCAGCUCUGUGCACCUCCCUCGAAGCCGUCCUUUUGCACGGCCUCAAGCCGAAGCCAGGGAGCGGGCAGGCGUCGGCCCUGAGGCACAUGACAGAGCUGGUCUCCACAAGUCUGAGCUUAAACCGAGUGCUACCUCAAGACACGCCAGCGCCUUGGAGGUUCAUCAGAGAGACCCUGACCCGACACGAAUCAGAAAGGUUUCUUUUGCUCAAAAGAGUUUGCACUGACUGGGGUCGAGGCAGAGCGUGGCUGCGUGCGUCCCUAAACGAGCGCUCACUGGAACGGGGCCUCAGCUCCCUCAGGGCUGCCCCAAACCUGUCCUACCACUAUUUUUCCUGGUCCUUCCUUCGUGAUGAGGAGAGAGCGUCGACCCUGACUACAAUGGCAGCUGGUUUGGGAUCUGUUCUUUUCGCCAUCAAUGUUGACAAUACCAUGUUGAACGAUGGGGAUCCAGAGGGAAUCAGCAGGAGUGCCUUAAUUGGUCAAUCAGAACCAGAAAUCACUUCACCCGCAAGUGACGAUGGCAACAAACCGCAGCAUUUGCGGCGGCGUAAAGCACCUCCUACAAUUGUGUCUUUUGACGAUGAUAUUUGCACACCCAUCUCGUCCACACCUCCGGCGUCGGAAGUUCCCUUCAAUAGUGCGCCUCCCACUUGCCUGAAUUCGCCUAUUAGCCCGCAGCCCCCGACAACCUCAAGGUUGCCUGAAGUAAACUUAAGUAAAGAUCACAAUGCGACCUUGACCCCAGUUACCAACGCGGCCAUUGGCGAGCUUAUUCCUGUCUUUCCAAAUAAUUGUGCUGGCGCAGCUGCUACUGAUGAGGAAGAUUCAAUAUCAGUGCCAAGCUACUCGGAGGAUCUUGAUAGUGCUGCAGCUGCUCUCCUCGUGACGCAGAAGUUGCUGGAGAAACAGAGUGCUCAAAUGAUCGUUCCACCUUCUCCAGACAAAACGGACAAAAACGAGUCUGCGUCAGUGCCUCCCGAAGACCCUGUGGCCGCCCUGCAUUCCUUGCUCUCGCAGUGUUCAGCUCUGGAAAGUGAAAACCGAGCUUUCCGAGCAUCCCUAAGACAAGAGCAGGCAAUCAGUUGUCAAUUGUCCGAAGAGCUUGUCGAGCUGAAACGCACGAGUAAAGAGAAGGCGUCUCAGCUGCAGGCCAGGUUGCAGUCGCUCACCAGGGAAAAUGACAUGCUGAAGGUCCAGCUCAAGAAAUACGUGGCAGCGGUGCAAAUGCUGAAUAAAGAUGGGUCAAGUGCCCACCAAAUCGUAGCCAACUUGAGCCCCGCGCUGAAUCAGUACGUGCAAGACGAGUCCAUCGUCCAGCAGCAGCAGGAAGAGAGUCAAUAUGAACAAAAAUUAGUGCAGGUUGCCGAAAUGCACGGUGAGCUCAUGGAGUUCAACGAACGGCUGCAGCGCGCUCUGCAGAAGAGCGAGUCGACCGCGACUCUUCUGCGGGCCGAGCUGGAGUUGCUGCGGGGUCCUCUGCCCAUCUCGUCGCAAACGUCGGACACGCUGCUCGACCCUGACAGUCCCUCCAGCUUGCAAGCCACCGGUGCUUUAGUCCACGUUUGGGUGCCUUCGGCGUUUCUGACCGGCGGCACGACGGACGUGCACCACGUCUACCAGGUGUACGUGCGCAUCAAGAACGAGGAGUGGAACGUGUACAGACGCUACGCGCAAUUCCACUCGCUGCACAGAGAUCUCAAGAGGAAGCACCCUGCUGUCAGGAACUUUGACUUUCCUCCCAAGAAAACUCUAGGAAACAAGGAUGCGAGGUUUGUCGAAGAGCGACGGCUGCGUCUUCAAAAGUAUUUAAGACACGUUGUCAAUCACAUAGUUCAAGAGAGCCUACAGGAUGAAGAAUCUCCAUCAAGAGAGUUACUCAUCACUACUUUGCCCUUUUUUGGUGAGGGACCGCAAGUCCGAGAGAGAAGCAGCAGGGCAAGAAGUAGUUCUUCUAGCAGGAGUCCCAGGACUAACAUUCCACUAUACACAGGAUUGUAAUUUAGUUCUAUUGAAUGCACGUUCAAUUGCGAUUUCUUUUGCAAGUUAACUGCUACUAUAUUUAUACAAGACAAGUAUUGAAUGAUAUAUUGAUUUGUUUUUAGCUUUAGGAUUAUGGCAAUUACUCCGAAAGAAAAAAAAUCAAGCAGUACAAAUGCGUGCAACUAUGGAGGGAGAAAACGAAUAUUUACAAAGUUGCACUUUGCUUGAUGGGCAUAGGCUGGAACCAUUCCUCUCUUAUCUGAUAUUUUACUUUUGUUUAGAUAUUUGCACCGAAACGAGGCCAAAUAUUGUGGAACUAUAUACUUAGCUAAGCAAUUUACACUCAUAUAUGUUGUUACUAUAGCAAUCAGUCCACUUUCUGUGAAUAUUUUCCAUGCCUUUUUGUGAUAAAUGCCAUCUUACCUUCUGCGGUUAAUUUUGUAAGUACGUGGGCAUUGUUGUUUAUUGAAAUUACUUGUGUCUAUGUACUUUAAAUUUUGUGACUUGUUUAAAUUACAAAAUGAAUAAAAUUUAUUUUAAAGGCGAAAGAGA